UUUUGCUUUAUCUUUGGUUACUAUGGCUGUCGAUCGACAAGCGUAGGGUAGUAAUAAGUUUCGUAAAUAUUUUCUGUGUUAAUUGUUUUUAAAUGUAAACUAUCUCACAAUUCAUAAAUAAGUGUUUAAGCAUGGAAUUAAGUGACGAAUAAGUGCAGAUAAGUUAAAGCAGCCCUCUUAUCUGAGGGCUCCAGGCUACCGCCCAGCAGUGAGCAGUUUGUACCUCGGUUGUUAAGAAGACAUCACCAUGGCACAGGUGGGCGCGAACAUGGAAUACCAGGAAUACAAAUGGGCGUACUCAAUCAUGGAUUCUUCCAGAGUAUCAGCUUGCCUUAUAUCCAUGCUGCUCAUAGUGUACGGCAGUUUUCGCUCCCUGAACAUGGAAAGAGAGGCAAGGGAGAAAGCAGAGAGGGAAAGAGAAGCGUCCUUACUGGGCACUAAACCUCCGCCCAGUUCAUCUAGCAAUAGUGAUGAAGACAUUACAGACGUGCAAACGCUGAACACGGUGCAGGCGUUGUGUUUCCCGCUCGGCUCGUCCGUGGCGCUGCUGGUCAUGUUCUUCUUCUUCGACUCGGUGCAAACGCUCGUCGCGAUAUGUACCGCUGUGAUAGCGUGUGCAGCGCUCGCAUUUCUCCUAACGCCGCUCUGCCAGUACAUAGCGGGCAGCAACAGCCGCGCGGCUCUGUGCGGUCGUUAUUCAGCACCAGAGCUCGCUGCCGCGUUAUUGGCUGCGGCCAUUGUUGCCGUGUGGGUGCUCACCGGCCAUUGGCUGCUCAUGGACGCGAUGGGCAUGGGUCUCUGCGUGACGUUCAUAGCGCUGAUCCGCCUCCCAUCCCUCAAGGUGUCCACACUGCUGCUGACGGGGCUGCUGCUCUACGACGUGUUCUGGGUGUUCUUCUCCUCUUAUAUAUUCACCACCAAUGUUAUGGUUAAAGUCGCUACCAGGCCAGCAGAGAACCCCAUGAACGUAGUAGCGCGCCGCCUGCAGCUCGGCGGUGCGAUGCGCGACGCGCCGAAGCUAUCUCUGCCGGCCAAGCUCGUGUUCCCGUCUAUGCACCACCAGGGACACUUCUCGAUGCUAGGAUUGGGCGACAUAGUGAUGCCGGGUCUGCUGCUGUGCUUCGUGCUGCGUUAUGACGCGUACAAGAAGGCGACUCUUGUAUGUCAGAUGGGACAGGUGCCCGGUCCUAGAUCUAUGGGCUCACGGCUGACGUACUUCCACUGCUCACUGCUGGGCUACUUCCUCGGCCUGCUAACUGCCACUGUAUCGGCGGAGGUGUUCAAAGCGGCUCAACCCGCGCUGCUGUACCUCGUGCCGUUCACCCUGCUGCCGCUGCUCACCAUGGCGUAUGUGAAGGGUGAUCUAAGAAGAAUGUGGAGUGAGCCGUUCAUAGCGCCCCCGAACGGUAAGCUGGGCGCCGACUUCGAUGUGUGAACGCGCCCUAACCCGCCGCCUGACAGCCGCCGCUAGUAGUGUGAAACGGACCGAAUUCACUGUCACUUUUGAAAAUGGAACGGUAUUUUUCUUUUUUCGAGCAAUUCUAACCGGCCUGUUUAAAAAUAGUUUUCAUAUUGAUAGAUAGACUCAUAAUAGAUGAGAGAGAUCUUUAGCAUCUUAAAUUAUUCUUCGUUUACAGAUAAGUGACGAUAAUAUCUUAUAUUUUAUGGUUUAAAUGAAAUUUUUAUUCAGUAAGGAAAAUAUAGUUUAUAAUAAAAAAUAUAUGCUACGAAUUGAUAAAUAUUCCGUCGACUGGGAUCGUCAGUAAAUUGCCUGCGACGGUGAAUUCGAAGUACCGUGU